AUGAUUAUGUCUGCAGACAGUUACAAAAUAUACAACGUUGUGUAUGCUGUGGCCCAGGCUCUCCAUGAUUUGCUUCUUCAUCAAACAGAAGUUCAAACAAUGGGAAAUAAAAAUGGAGAAAUGCCUUCCUCUACUCAGCUGCACAAUUUUCUGAAGAACAUCCAGUUUUACAAUCCUACUGGAGAUCAAGUGAUUUGGGACAAGAAAAGGAAAUUGGAGACAGAGUAUGAAAUUCUGAAUAUUUGGGAUUUCCCAGAGAGUCUUGAACUUGAAAUGAAAGUAGGAAACUUUUCUCCAUAUGCUCCACAUGGCAAUCAACUGUCUUUAUCUGAAGAUAUGAUAGAGUGGGCCGUUGAAACUACAGGGACUCCUCACUCUGCCUGCAGUGAGAGUUAUGAUCCUGGAUUCCGGAAAUCUCCUCAGGAGGGAAAGGCUGCCUGUUGCUUUGAUUGUAUACCUUGUCCAGAAAAUGAGAUUGCCAAUGAGACAGAUAUGGAGCAAUGUGUGAAGUGUCCAGAUCAUCAGUAUGCCAACCCACAGAAGACUCAGUGCUUCUUGAGAGUUGCAAAUUUCCUGGUCUUUGGAGAUCCCUUGGGCAAUGCUCUGGUCUGCAUGGCUCUUUGCUUCUCCAUAUUGACUACUGCUGUUCUUGGGAUGUUUGUGAAACACCAAGAUACUGCCAUUGUCAAGGCCAAUAACCAGACUCUCAGCUACAUGUUGCUCAUUCCUCUCAUCUUCUGUUUCCUCUGUUCUUUGCUCUUUCUUGGUAGACCACAAAUACUCACCUGCGUCCUACAGCAGAUCAUAUUUGGGGUUGUAUGUACUGUGGCUGUUUCCACAGUAUUGGUCAAAAGAGGGAUUUUGGUUCUGGCCUUCAAGGCCACUUCCCUAGGAAGAAGGAUGAGGUGGCUGCUGGUAUCAGGGGCUCCUAACUUCAUCAUCCCCAUCUGCACCCUCAUCCAAGUGACUCCCUGUGGACUCUGGCUGGCAACCUCUCCUCCCUUUGUGGAAACAUAUGCACACUCUGAACAAGGCCACAUCAUCAUCCUGUGCAACAAGGGCUCACUCACUGCCUUCUACUGUGUCCUGGGAUACCUUGGCUUUCUGGCCCUGUCCAGCUUCACCAUGGCUUUUCUGGCCAGGAUCGUGCCUGACACCUUCAAUGAAGCCAAGUUCCUGACCUUCAGCAUACUGGUGAUCUGCAGUGUGUGGCUCACCUUCCUGCCUGUCUACCACAGUGCCAUGGGGAAGGUCAUGGUGGCUGUGGAGGUCUUCUCCAUCUUGGCCUCUGGUGCAGGGUUCCUAGGUUGCAUUUUUGCCCCAAAGUGUUAUAUCCUUUUAUUAAUGCCAAAUAGAAAUUCUCUGCAUGGCUUCAGGGAUAAAAGACAUAAGCCAGCAGAAAGUUUGCGGAGGUGUAGCUGGGACCUAAUUAAGCUCUCUCCAAGAAACCAGUUUUCACACUUCAGGGAAAACUCCAUUAUUGGGAAAUCAGACCAAGUGAGUCAUCAUAGUACAGAGAUUCUUCUCAGUGAGGAAAAAUUCAGGCAGAGAGCAGCCAUGCUUCUCUGCAGGGAGCAACCAAUCCUGCAACUUAGACAGAUACAGGAAUUACAAAGCCAAAAAUUGAAAAGCCUCUCUUCUCAAGGGACCCCCAUUACCUCCUUGGCCAAAGUUAGACAAGGACCCCAUGAAUCUUACAGUGAGUUCAUUGGAAGCCUUACAGAGGCUGCCGAGAGCCUUAUGGGAAAGGAAGAAACAGAUAAUGAGCUUAUCAAACAUCUUGCUUUUGAAAAUGCCAAUUCUGCUUGCCAAGCGGCUUUACAUCCCCACUGCCAUGGCAAAACCAUUACUGACUUUAUCAGACUUUGCUCUGAUGUUGACCCUGCCUUGCGUAACAUCGGCCUGGACAUAGGCACCGCCCUUACAGAUUUUAUUUAG